CUAUUUUUGUGAAGCAUUCGAAAUCUAUGAGAAGGAGCGUGUGGCCUCCAUAGAGUGGAAUUGAAGCAGUUCUCAACAAAGAUAGAGAAGGGGACGAAGGAGGCUUUGCCCCUCAUUUCUUUCGGCCUAUUGAAGAAGAAGAAGUGAGAGUGGAGAAUGGCGAGAACAGCAUGCCACACUCUCCUUCCAACUUUGGCCUUCCCAUUCAAGUCUUCUUUCUUCACAAAAUCUCCAAUCCUCUGUCCUUCACAGUCUCUGUUCUUCCAUGCCUUUCCCAAGCCUUUUUCCUCUUCUUCUUCGGCCAAGAUAAGCAUGAGCUUGAAGGCAGGCAUCGUCGGACUCCCUAACGUUGGCAAAUCCACUCUCUUCAACGCCGUUGUUGAAAAUGGGAAGGCUCAAGCUGCAAAUUUCCCCUUUUGUACAAUAGAGCCAAAUGUAGGGAUUGUUGCUGUUCCAGAUCCACGCCUCCAUGUACUUUCUGAUAUCAGCAAAUCUCAACGAGCAGUUCCAGCAUCUAUAGAAUUUGUAGAUAUUGCUGGGCUUGUAAAGGGAGCCAGUCAAGGGGAGGGUUUGGGUAAUAAGUUCUUAUCACAUAUUCGGGAAGUGGACUCCAUACUUCAGGUUGUACGCUGUUUUGAGGACAAUGACAUUGUUCAUGUGAAUGGGAAAGUUGAUCCAAAGUCUGAUAUUGAUGUCAUCAACUUAGAGCUAGUUUUCUCAGAUUUAGAUCAGAUAGAGAAAAGAAUGGAGAAGCUGAAAAAAGGCAAAGCAAAGGAUUCACAAUCUAAACUGAAGGAGGAAGCUGAGAAAUCAGCCCUGGAAAGAAUUCGGGAAGCACUUAUGGAUGGAAAACCAGCACGAUCAGUAACUUUAACCGAUUUUGAGAAAGAUGCUAUAAAGCAUCUUUGUUUGCUUACAAUGAAACCAAUCAUAUAUGUGGCUAAUGUUGCAGAAUCUGACUUAGCUGAGCCUGGAAGUAAUCCCUAUGUUAAAGAAGUGAUGAACCUUUCAUCUGAGUUGCUAUCUGGAAUUGUAACAAUCUCAGCACAGGUUGAGUCAGAACUUACUGAACUUCCAUCUGAAGAAAGAACAGAAUUUCUGAAAUCCCUUGGUGUCAGUGAAAGUGGCCUUGGAAACCUUAUUAGAGCAACGUAUAGCCUUUUGGGGCUGCGUACAUAUUUUACUUCUGGCGAAAAGGAAACAAAAGCAUGGACCAUACUUGCAGGAAUGACUGCACCUCAAGCUGCUGGAGUUAUUCACUCAGACUUUGAGAAGGGUUUCAUACGAGCUGAGACGGUGGCUUAUGAUGAUUUUGUUGCUGCUGGUUCACUUGCAGCUGCUAGGGAAAAAGGACUUUUGAGAUCCGAGGGGAAAGAUUACAUUGUACAAGAAGGAGAUGUAAUGCUGUUUCGUUUCAAUGUUUGACCUCAAUAUUGCUUCUCAUUGCUUUACCCAAUCAAGCUGGUAGACAAUUCAGGAUAUAGCUCAUUUUAUAUGAUCUUGGAAGUUCCUGAUGAAUGGGAUUGUCUUAGAUGGAAAGGCCUGUGCUGACCGCAAAACAGUAAGGUAUUCUUUCAUUUUUAUGUCCAGAGGGAAGUCAGAAAUUUUGCUUGUUGAGGAAAUACUUUAACUGAUGUGAAUCCAGUUGGUUACAUCUUUGUAAAACUAAGUAAUUUUAACAGGAAACUAAACUAAGAGGAAACAGUGAAGUCAAUAAUACUAAAAAGAUAUUAAGUUUUUUCUUC